AUGGGUCGACCGAAGUUGCAAUCACCCCGUCUGACACUGAAGUCUGCCAACAACGAACCGAUCAACGUUCGUGGAUGCUACGAAUGCAUCUUCGUCAUUGAUGGUCAUCGAGGACAUGGUACUUGCCAUGUAGCUGACACGCCGUCCCUGUUGGGGUUAGAUUGGAUCGCUCAACACGAGACACUGUUUCGUCGCUUGACAGCAGGCUCUAUCUGCAACAUCUCUUCAAGGACGCUCGGCACCUUGAAUUCUUCUCUCGCAACGCACCUGAAGAAGAAGUUCCCAGCAGUCUUGGCUCCUGGACUGGACUACUCAACCGGACUGAACGAUGCACUGGAACAAAACCAGUAUCCGCUUCCAACCCCAGAGGACACUUUCACGAAACUCAACGGAGGACGCUACUUUUCACAGCUCGAUGUAGCCGAAGCAUAUCUCCAAUUGGAAGUGGGCGACGUCUCAAAGCAGCUACUCACUAUCAACACACACCGUGGACUGUAUCGCUUCAACCGACUACCAUUUGGAGUGAAACCAGCUCCUGGUAUAUUCCAACAAUGUAUGGAUGCUCUUAUCGCUGGAUUAGAUGGAACUGUUGCCUAUCUCGACGACUUAUUGGUUAUUGUUAGAACCAUCGGCGAACACAAUACCCGACUAGAGGCCGUACUCAAGCGGAUUCAAGACUACGGAUUCCGCGUUCGACUCGGCUAA